ACCGCCGUAACCUAACGGCGUAAGCUCUGCGUCAAUUUAACGCGGAACCAUAAUUCAGGCUUUAGUCUCAGUCACGACCCGAGUGCGCGCCUCGCUGCUCGGCUGUCGCUUUAAGACCGAUUUCCCCCCAUUGUCAAGCGGUCGUGAACAGGAAGAGGGAAGCGAAAGCAGUCGCCGAGGGGGGGCCCUGCGUAUUUAAACACGAUGCCACAGCCGCACGGUGACACGCCGGCCGCGGACCCGCGUGGAGGAGCGUUGUGCGCGCAGCCGUGACCGUCUGACCGGACCGAUGGAGCCGUAACGCUCUCCAAAGCGCGCACGCGUCACUGCGGGUUAGAGAGCCUCAGGAAAUGAUGACAGCGUCCUCCGUCGUUGCUUACAGGGAUCAUUUUCUAGUUCAGACCGCACGAAAACAGCGUAACUACAUUUAACACAGUUAAAUAAACCCGAAACGGCGCGUGGACGGCGCGACACGAGGAAGUGGCAGGUGCAGCUUCUCAUCCAGACCUCAUCCAGCCUGGCCAUCGCAUCUGAAACAUCCUAAACAUCUGAAAGAUCUGAAACAUGUCAUCCACCAUAGAGAGGAAGACGCUGGAGGCCAAUGAAGAGCCGGUGGACGAGGUCCUGCAAAUGCCCCCGUCCCUGCUGACAUGUGGCGGCUGUCAGCAGAGCAUCGGCGACAGGUUCUUCCUCAAGGCCAUCGAGCAGUACUGGCACGAGGACUGCCUGAGCUGCGACCUGUGUGGCUGCCGGCUCGGGGAGGUGGGACGUCGGCUCUAUUACAAGCUGGGAAGGAAAUUAUGUCGACGAGAUUAUCUCAGGCUUUUCGGUCAGGACGGUCUCUGUGCCUCCUGCGAGAAGAGGAUCCGAGCGUUCGAGAUGACGAUGCGCGUGCGGGACAAGGUUUACCAUCUGGAGUGCUUCAAGUGCGCCGCCUGCCAGAAGCACUUCUGCGUGGGGGAUCGCUACCUUCUCAUCAAUUCAGACAUCGUGUGUGAGCAGGACAUCUUUGAGUGGACCAAACUCAACAAUAGCAAUAUGGUUUAGCGGGAUCUCUUCUCGCUCGGCAUGAUGGAGCUGACUGUUCUGGGUGGCUUUAAUGAGAAUGGAUUUCUGAUGAAUAGACGUUUUGUAGCACACGCAGGCUUUCCCAUGCAAUUCAUGUGGAAACAUUUGAACACAAAGGAGGGGAGAGGCUACACAUCAGUAUUUCUCCUAUCUGCAGCCUGAAGAAGACUGGAAUAAACGAUAAUGGAGACAUUUCACCAGUGACUUCAUUCUUAUAAGCAGAAAAAUACUUAAAGACUGAACAUACUUAAACAUGCAAACUAAGUCAUUUGUUACAAACUAUGAACAUAAACUCUUUUUAGUCAAGUAUCACGUUUCUUACAGUUGCACCUCUUGAAUCUCGUCUGUGAUGCCUCAUAAGAAGAACAACUUACAAUCAGUCACAGGAUUUGUAAUUUUGUAAUUAUCUCCCAGAACUCAUCGUGGGGGUAAAUGUAAACUUUUUCUGUCUAUUUAAUAAUUCCUGGGAAUGUUGUUUUUCACAUGUGUUUAAUAAUUUACCUGUUGGACAGAAAGGUUGCUCUGAUCUGAUUCAUUACCAGAUCAUGGGAUAUAAAUGUUAAAAGAAGAAGGGCUAGAUUUUACAAUAUUCAUUCGGAAAAGUCCUGAACAAAGUGAUUGUUCUAUGCUGCCAGCUUGAAGAUGUGGCGCCCUCUAGUGGUUUUGCAAAAACAUAUACAAAUUAUUCUACUAACUGGAAAAGUUUCUAGGGAAUCUUUUAUAAUUCCAGUAUUUUCUGGACUUGCACCCUCAACGUUUUGGAUUUUGUUCCCUGGUCAAAAUAUUUAAUAAAUUACACUUUAAAGAAA